GGACUAUAAGGUAGCCAUCUUGGUGCCCGUUAAAAUAAAGGUAAAGUCAGCUGACUUUAUAAAGAGUACAAAGAUGGCGCAGUGAUUGGCGUUGUCUACCAUAUUGGGAGUGGAACUUCCGGAAACGUGUUGCACAGACUAUAGCUAUCUGGCACAGACUGAGGGACAGAAUGAAGCUGAUCAGCAAAGAGCUGGAGAAGGACAAUGCCGGUCAGGUGACGCUAAUUCCAGAGGAGGCGGAGGACAUGUGGCACACAUACAACUUGCUGCAGGUGGGCGACAGCCUGAGGGCCUCUACUAUCAGGAAGGUGCAGACAGAGUCGGCCACCGGCAGUGUGGGCAGUAACCGUAUACGCACCACCCUCACCAUCUGCGUGGAGAACAUUGAUUUUGACUCCCAGGCAUGCCAGCUACGGGUCAAAGGAAUUAAUAUCCAGGAGAACCAGCAUGUGAAGAUGGGCGCUUAUCACACUAUUGAGCUUGAGCUGAACCGCAAAUUUACAUUAGCAAAAAAGCACUGGGACAGCAUUGUCCUUGAGAGAAUCGCCACCAGGGACACAGAACAAACCUCAAAGUGCAAACAGCAAAAUAUAACAAAGGGGGGCAAAGAAACUCCUGGAGAGAUUGAAAAAUGGGUAACAACUAUACAUAUAGAACUGGUGAAAAAACAUGUGUGUUAA